GUCUGAGAACAGGCUUUCUUCAUAAGCUACUUUCAAUCUUGACGCGCCUCGCAGCUGGCUCGACCAACCCAUCAAACACGAUCAGGGCCCACUAUUUAUUACAUUCAAGGCCCUGCCACUGUCCACAUCUGUCCACAUACACUUCCUUCUUCAAAGCAGCAGUGAAGAGCAGCAAGUUUACAUAAACAAACCACUGACUGACCCCACGGUUUAUAGACUCAUAACAAGUGUAAGGUCUCAAUAUUUCUUCAGUUUCAUCCACUCAAGUAUCAGGAUUCAGUGUUGGCUUUAUAUCGCUGCAACAUACACAGUAGGAUCUUAUCUUUCUUUUAAGCUGAGACUCGGGCAAGUUUCAAGAAACACAAUUAACCUCAAUAAACGCCAUCACGUCAACAAGAGCCCUUAAAACCCUCAUCAAUCUUGCCAUUCUUUGCCUGGAUCUAGCUGAAUCUUCUCGGGUUUGAUACAUCUACUGCGUGCUCACGUCACAGUUUCAUCAACUUCUCGACUUCGAAGUUGUAAUCUGAUCAUGUCUGACACUCCGGCUUCCUCGCCCGACGUUCGUCGAACGGGAAGUCGCCAUCUAUACACCGACGUACCUGCUACACCUGCUACGCCUGAAACCUCUUACCAUGCUCAGCCUCAUCUCAUCGUCAGGCAGAACUCCAGUCCCUCUGGUUCCGAACACCAAAUGAGCUCCCCCUUGUAUUACUCUCGUUCUGCGGGCUCUACCUCUACGAUGGCACCCCCACCUGAAUAUUUAUCACGCUCGCAAUGGAGCGGGGUUGGUACAAAUUCGACUCAAGAGACUGACCCCGAUCGACUCGAAAGGGUCGAUUCCGCGGUAUCCCCACAUGAAACGUCUAGGUCGGCUUACCAGCCAUCUUCGAGCUCAGUAGAAAUCGAAAUCCAAACUCUUCCUAACUCACCCAUCGAACAAGCUCACCCACCCGAAUCAAUCAGAUCAUUCGCUCCUCAUCGACCCUUUUAUCAACCUUCUGACUCUAACCUCGAUCUACAUCAUAGUCCUUAUGCUGCACAUACGUUUGGUCACCCAGAUUUCGAUCCAUCGAAGGCGAACGAUCAUGAAAAACUAGCCUCUAAAUCAAAAAAUGAACCAGAGUUGAAAUCUCCAAACUUGCACCUUAUGGAAGACGAGCAUACAGAUACAGAUCAAGAUGGACAAACUUUUGAUGAUUAUGAUUGGGAUAACGAUGAUGAUCUUGAGGGUGAUGUGAGGUUUGAUGAUUUGAAUGAUCAGAAGCGAGGGCAACACCAACAUCACCGUCGUCGAACUCUUGCCCGUCGGUUAUCCCCUUACAACGUAAUCAAAUAUCUGAUUACUACUUUCAUUGGAAACAUCUUUAUUUGCUUGGCACUCAUCGUCCCACCUUUAGUUCUCGGAUUUGGAGGUUACUUGCAACAUGGUGAUAGUGAAAGUGCUGCCCACUCACGUUACGUACAUGAUAAUGUGGCGGCUUGGAUGUACUGGGCUAGUUAUAACUUACUCUGUAGUUGGGCAUUGUAUCUUUUGGUCGAGUUGGCACCCAAGGUAUUAAUUAUGCUAGUGAAUAUAAUCUGGGGUGAUGUACAUGAGAACAUCAAGUCUAAGGUUGAGACUUUCCAUGCAGCCAAAGCAUGGUUCAAAAAUAUAUUAUACGCAGCAAUGCUCCCAUCAGACACAGAAACAUCAAGAGCGGCAUAUACAGAUGUUGUGGCACUUGUGGUCGAGUUGCUCUUCUUUUUCACUUUAGUCUUGUCCUUGGAAAAGCUCCUGCUCUUAAGCAUAAGUAUGAGCUUCCAUCAGGUUGCCUAUUCGGACCGAAUACAAAAGGUCACUCAAGCUUUAGCAGCCAUUGAUAUCCUACAAGAUUAUCGACCUAAACGCAAACCGUUUCCUGGUACGACCUACAGUCGUAGACAAUCUGGCGAUAUACUCACCCUCAAAGCUUUAUCUGCUCAGUUGACAAGCCCUCUGAAAAAGGGUUUUGAACAGGAUGCCACCUUUUCUUCUAUGGAAGCACCGAAGACGCGUUGGUGGCAGAGAAAGAAAGUAGGUCGAGCUCUCAAAAAUGAAAAAGACCAGACCAACAAUCUUGAGAUGUCUCCUAAGAACGAAGCUAGUGGGAAAGAAGAAUCAGCCAACGUACCCUUCGAUUUAGCAAGGCCGAUAUCUGAUGAUCCGUAUCGGAUGACUAGCCCAAGCAGACAAGACUCAUUCGCAGGACCUGAUGGACGACCGGUUGUGAAGCGGCGUAAUAGUCAAACCACCUUUGCCUUUAUCGCUCGACGAGGAGCUAGUGCAGCCAAAAUUGCUCGAGCAGCCAUGAAGGAUCCAGUCUCAGUAGUUGGAAAGAAAUCAGGCUUAGCAUUAGAUAUCAAUAAUCCCACAGAAGCCAAGAAAUUAGCUAGAAGGAUCUUUUUUAGUUUUCGAAGUGAUCCAAAUCGAAAUUAUUUGAUUCCUUCGGAUUUCUAUCCUGCUUUUCCUACUCCUGAAUUAGCCAGAGAAGCCUUUUCGAUUUUUGAUUCAGAUGGAAAUGGAGAUAUCAGUAGAACAGAAGUUAAGAAUGAAAUCUUUAGAGUUUAUAAAGAACGUAGAGCCUUAUCACAAUCUUUACAAGAUGUUGGACAUGCGAUUGGAAGAUUAGAUGGGAUUAUGUUAGGUUUAGCGGCUAUUGUGUUCUUGUUUAUUGCCUUGACAGUAGUUGGAAUUGAUUUCUCAAAGACGUUGACAUCGAUUUAUACGAUUGGUGUGGCGGCUGCGUUCGUCUUCAAGGGUACAGCUGCGAAUGUCUUUGAUUCGAUCAUCAUGGUAUUUUGUACACAUCCUUUUGACACUGGUGAUCGAAUCAUUAUGGACAAUGCUGGUGUUGAAGAGGUCUUGGUGGUCAAACAGAUGGGAUUACUCGUGACGGUCUUUGUUAGAUGGGAUGGUACUGAGUGGUUUGCUCCUAAUUCACUCAUUGGACAAAAGUUUAUUAUCAAUCUUCGUAGAAGUAAUAGUCAAUUUGAAAAUGCGACGGUUCAAUUCGGUUGGGAUACACCCUUGGAGAAGAUUGAUGAAUUAGAAGAGAAGAUGAAUGAUUGGCUUCAAACUGAUGAACAAAGAAGAUUCGAACCUGGAACAGCAGCAGUGAUUCAAAACUUGGUAAAUCAACAGUAUAUUGAAAUUACCUUUGGUAUGAUUCAUCGUGAGAAUUGGCAAGAUUGGGGUGGUAGAUGGAAUCGAAGAACUGCAUUUCAUGCCGCUAUUAAUUAUUAUAGUCGUCAAUUAGGAAUUACAUUCUAUGGAUCUGAACAACCUGUUGAACUCAGAAAUUGGGAUGGUUUAAAACAACAUUUAUUAGAUGAUGACGAAGAUGAUGAUGACGAUGAACCAUUAACUGAUCAAGAAGUAAAUGAAUCUAUACAAGAACAAGAAGAAGAAGAAAUUAAUGAAUAUCAAAGUUCAGUAAAAGAAAAAAUUAAGAAAAAUGAUGGUAAUGAAGUGGAAGGAAAAGGAUCUGAAAUUAGAUUACCUGAAGUUUUGGGAUUCUCUCCUCCACCUGAGAAUGGAACUGGGAUGAGAAAGAGACGAAAGUUUAGUAAAAAGAAAGCUAUGUUGGGUGAUUCUUGAAAUUGGAUUUAAAUUAUUGAUGUUCUUGGAGACUUAUUGAGAGCAAGACUUGUAUGAAUGAUUCUUGGUUGAGAAGAAGUUUGGUUUUAAACUUUUCGAGGUUUGAUGAUUGGGUUAUUAACCUUGCUUUGAUUAUCUUUUUAGUUUACUUUUUGUUUAGGGUUUUGGUUUCUGGUUCGUUGAUUGAUAUAUCAUCAUGAAUGAGAUCAGUGAUCAGUUUACAUAUAGAAAAGUUAUGUUGCAGGUUCAAUUUAGUUUUUAGUGAUAGAUGAAUGUAGUGAUAGACAAUUAGUUAUAGAUUUCUUUCAAGUUUGAAUUCUUUGAAUUUGUUUUCUAUAUUUAUUAAUGACAAUUCUUAUUGGAGAUUGUACCCAGUCAUGAAACCUUAUGAAAUUGGACAAUGACGAUAUUUAACUCGAGUG